GUGGACUGAAGGUGUCGCCGCCAACAUCCGUUACGCGCCGCCAUGAAUCCUUUGUGGAGAGUUUAUAAGAGUAAAGUCUUGAAGACUCUCAACCCUGAAUAUGUGGAGGAAACUGCUGAUGAGGUGUGUGAGAUGGAGGAAGACCUGAGUCCAGUCCAGGAGGACGAAGGCCAGAACGCAGUCUCUCAGCUGGCCCGCAAAAUGCAAGGGGCGGGGGUCAGAAGCUGGAACAAAAUGUCAGCUCUUUUCUACAAAGACGACCAGCAUCAACUUCUCCGGGAGACCGAAAGUCCUCCUGUGCCUGACCAUCCACUUGCAGCGAGGCCAGAGGAGCUUCCUCCGCCCACAAAGCGUUCUGGCUUCUGGGACGGCUUCGCCGCCAACUGGGCCGCCAAGAAGCAGGCGGAGGCCGCCCAGAAGAUGCCAGAAGAGGAGGAGGAGGUGAUGGAAGACGCUGCUGAGACACCAGCCGGACCGUCUGAGGACCAAGCGGCGUCGCAGGAGCGGCGUGACGGCGAGAUGAACGAGGGCAGUGAAGGCAACAACUCCUUCUCCAAAUAUGUGUCUUUGGGAGGAGGAAGAGGAGAGGACGCCGCCUUCAGGUGGAACUUUGUCUCCAGCAAACUGGCCGAGAUGAGAAGUAAGAGCGUCGCCAAGAGCAACUCACACUAA